AUGGAUGGCGGAAAUUGUUCCUCAUUAACUGAAUUCUUUCUCCUGGGAAUUACCAAUAAGCCUGGAAUGAAAAUGAUCCUAUUCACCACAUUUUCAGUUGUUUAUCUCAUUAAUCUCCUGGCUAAUCUUGGAAUGAUCUUCCUAAUUAGGAUGGACACCCACCUGCACACACCGAUGUACUUCUUUCUCAGUCACCUGUCUUUCUGUGACCUCUGCUAUUCCACUGCAAUUGGACCUAAGAUGCUGGUAGACCUACUGGCAGAGAACAAAUCAAUUUCAUUUGUUGGCUGUGCUCUGCAAUUUUUGAUCUUCUGUACCUUUGCAGAUUCUGAGUGUUUAUUGCUGGCUGUAAUGGCCUUUGAUCGGUACAAGGCCAUCAGCAACCCUUUGCUCUACACAGUCAACAUGUCUACUAGGUUCUGCUCAGUGCUCAUGGGUAUGGCUUACCUGAUGGGAAUGACAGAUGCUUUGACACAUACGACAUUAGCCUUUCGCUUAUGUUUCUGUGGGUCCAACGAGAUUAAUCAUUUCUUUUGUGAUUUGCCUCCUCUUUACCUCCUUUCCUGUUCUGAUACGUUCGUCAAUGAGCUGGUAGUUUUCAUCUUUUUUGGUUUCAUUGAACUGAGUUCCAUUUUGGGAGUUCUUGUCUCUUAUUGUUAUAUUAUUUUAGCAGUGAUAAAGAUAAAUUCUACUAAAGGGAGAUUCAAAGCUUUUUCCACCUGUACCUCCCAUUUAACUGCUGUUGCAAUUUUCCAGGGCACUAUGCUCUUCAUGUAUUUCCGACCCAGUUCUUCCUAUUCCCUCGAUCAAGAUAAAAUGACCUCAUUAUUUUACACCCUUGUGAUCCCCAUGUUGAACCCUCUGAUAUACAGUCUACGUAACAAGGAUGUGAAAGAGGCCUUGGAAAAACUGAAAAAUAAAAAAUGGUUUUAA